GGGAUCCGCCUCACACCCCCUGCCCCAGGGCAGCGCCCUCCUGCCUUCGCUUGGCACCUGCUGGGGCAGGAGAGUUGCACAGGGCUGGCUCCAGGCAGGAGCGUAGGGCUUCUUGUUCCUGUCGCCCAUUACGCUGAGCCCAGGCUGGUGGCGACCCCCGGAUUGUGGCUAUGGGCCGGGGGGCGCUGCCUCUCCUGCUGCGGGGUGCUCCCAAUCUCCUCUUGUAGCACAGGCAGCUACGUUUGGGCCGGCUGCCUGGUGGGCUCGGAGCGUUCCUCCUGUCCGGUUUGGCUUUGGCUGCGGUGCGUGGGCUGAGCUGCAGUUUGUACCAGUGGGCUCGGCCCCUGGGCUGCGUUCCUUAGCUGGACAUUCACUUGCACGUGUCUGCCGCGGUGGGGUAGAGCCGUCCAGUUCUUAGUGAGUCCAGAGGCCCAUCUGUCCCCUUUGGCAGCCCCUGCAAAGGCCAGGAAUGAAUGAGCUCUGAGCCUGAGGCCCCCUUGUGCCCACAGCACCUGAGCAUGGCAGUGAUGGGGGCUUUGGAAGGAUCUGCAGUGGGGUUCUUCAGAACAGGGUUGAGAGGCAUCAGUGGGAGGCUGUGGCAGGUUUGGGUCACUGCUGUCUGCUGGACAGGUCCUGCAGACGAGCUGGGGGGAGGCUGGACAGGUCCUGUGGGCCAGCGAGGGCCCAGGCUCCUUUCACUGCAAGGAUUCUCCUGCUAAGACUUCCCUGGGAUAGGAGUCUCUCUCCCCUGCUGAGCCUGAAGGACUCUUACACUAAUGUAGUUCUUGGUGAGCAUCCCCGGGAGUGUCUUCAGCUGAAUCUAGGUAGUCACUUUUGGGGGCAUUUAACUUCAAGCCCUCGUGUUAAAGGGGACAGGUCUCCCAGUCAGAGCACAGAACUGGGAGCCAGGCCUCCUGGGGUCUGUUCCUGGCUCUCUGACCCACCCGGUGCCCUGCUUCACCUCUUCCCUAUUGGUAAACAGGGGUGACGGGUGGUGUUGUGGGGGCUAGUCUGGGUCUGUCAAGUGCGAGACAAGUUGUCAUUUGGCUCAAAGGGGGAGGAGGGGCAGCAGCAGGACUGCAGGAAAACAGGCCCUGUGGCUUUCCAGAUGGAGUAACCCAGCCUCUUCCAGGCUGAGAAGCUGGCUGUCCUUAGUAGUUGUCCGAACGAUGUUGUUUUGAGUAGGUGCACGAGUUUCUCCGAGCUUUGGCUUGAAGCCGCUGGCGUAGCACUUCUGCAGCGCAAUGGAGAUGCCCCGUGGAAGGGCAGCUCUCCGGCAGUGGGCUCAGACUGUCUGGUAUCCUCGUGGUGACCGUGGUUUUGAGGGUCAGAGCGUCGCUGAGCACUGAGAACUAGUCAGGCCUGUACUUUGAUGGAGUUGCAGGUUAGCGCCUGCUCUCGCAGCCCAGUGAGGUGGGCACGAACAGCCUGGCUUCUCUCUGAGAGAUGACUCCAGACUCGGUGCUCAGAUGAAGGGGCAACUGAAUAACAAGGUGACAGUGCUGCUGGCUCAGUCAGGAUCUCCCCAGAGGUCCCGUGGGCCUGCCCUGCUCUAAUCCACCCCCUGCCGAAGUGAACCCAUCGAGAGUCGGCUCAAUGCGAUCCAUGAAUCAGGCGGCUCUUGGAGAUGUGCUGGGUGCAACAUCGUGACGUGGGCUUGCUGAGCCAUCGGGGAAUGGUUUCUAGUUGAGGCCGGGCAUUGACUGCCCACAUCCUGUGCAAUCCCAGCUCCAGUAGAGAGGAGGCCGGAACCGAUCUGCGCCUUUGUUUCUGCAUUCUUGGCUGGUCAGCGAAGUGCCAGAGAACCCACUGGGAAUGCGCCAGGGCUCGCAGCCUGCAGUAACCCUAACCCUCGCACCUGUGCUGUGUAGUCUGGGAGCCGGCACACAAUGGAACACAGUGUCUGUCACCCGGCAUGUUUUGUCAAUAAAACCCAGGGCCCAAUAUGUUCGGAGCCAGGGAGAAGGUGCUGUAGGAACCUGCUUUGGGUUUGGCCUUGUGCUAGUCAGUGGCAGCUGAGACUGGCUGGGCCUGGUGGCUGGGCCUGGUCUGUGGAGCAGGAACUGCAGAACCCAAAACAGUAAACAGCCCCAGUGCAGACGCGUCUGCCCUGGCGGAGACACUCAGGCCUCUGGGCACACGCGGGGGUGGGGAGAAGGGAAAGGGGCCCAUGCGCUGCGCUGCCCCUUUGCAGGCCGUUCCUUGUGUUCUGUGCAGCUUGCUCAAUAGGCCAGGGUGACUCGUUCCUUCCUCCUUUCAUGACGGGGCCUGCUGGGAACAGUUUUGCUUCCUCUCUUGUGUUCCUCACCCCGUGGCCACUCCAGCCAGAGCCUGGGGUUUUGAUUCUCCCUCCCCCAGGUUGCGAGGGGCCCCCGCUUGGCAUAUUGUAGUCAGGCUGGCUGUAACUGACCGGUGCGUGGUGACCCCAGUCCUGCAGCUCCUAGCGUGGGGAGAACAUGAGCCACUGGGGCCCUGUGGCUAUUGUGGGGGGUGUCUCCCAUGGGCCCAGGAUAGUCCCUGGAGAGGCCUGCACUUUGUCUCAGAUCACAGGCUGGGGACAGAGUUCUUACCAGCCAGUGGGGGCAGGAGUGGGCAGGGCCGGGGUGGUGGGUCCUGGCCAUCGCAGACAGAAGCGAGACCCAGCAGGCUGGUCUGGGGCAGGGCUGGGCUAGACACCUCCCUUGCCCACCUUCCCAGCCCUUGCUGGCCAGAGGCUGGGAGCAGGCAGGGUGUAGUGGGCUCUGAGCUGCUUUGAAUGCAAUUUGAGCACUGUCCGGUGAGCUGCCAGCUCCCUGCUAACUCCAGUGAUUCAGGGACUAGAGCUGGGGGUCCCUGGGGGACUGGCUGUCCGGCAAUGGUCGAACGGCCGGGCCGGGCCUGACUCCCCUGCAUGCAGCCAGGCCUGUCCCCUCAGCUGGAGCAUUGACACUGCCCAGAGCAAGCGUCCCAGCCAGCCUGGUGGGUUAACUCUGGGCGAGUCCCUCCGGCUAGAGGCUGGCCACAGAUGUGAGGGGCCAGGGCAGCCAGCCACCUUCCCUCAGGGCUUGUGGUUCCCCCCUAAGGCAUCUGGGGGGGGGGCCUGGGUGUCUUCCUCCAUGCAGGCCCCCCUGCGUGUUCUGACCCACGUGAGGUGGCUGAGUUAGCUGCCAGGUGACUCUCCGCGAAGGUCUGCUCAGUGCACUGAGCGCUCGGUGCUUUAGAGACUGCCAGGACGCCAGCUCCCUGCCCCAAGGAGCUCAGUGACUUGAGCCUGUGAAUUCUGCGGGGGCCGGCGAGGCCAUGGAUUCUGGCCUUGGCGUACGAGGGAAGGUAUCUGAUGUUUUGGAGGGGACUCGCCACCCUCUCUUCCUCCGUGUUCCCUUCUAACCCUGCUUUGCUGAAGGUGUGAUUGACAUGCUGCCUACACCAUGCAGCCAUCCAGCCUUCGCUCUGUUACCCACCCCACGUAUCUGGUGUGAUGCCAGGACUGGAACGGCUGCCUUCGGUUAUCUGCUCCUUGGAGCAGGGGCGCGGCCUCCUCUGUGCCUGGGAUACAGCCCCAGAACCAUACAGGCUGCAUAAAUAAUGCAUGUCUUCUCCACUCUGCCGCUCGAUUUUCCAGCUUGCGCUGCUAGUGCCCCUUGGGAAGCGCGGAGGAGAUGUGCUGUUAGUGAGGGGAGACUUCUCACAACCAGUGCCCAAGGAAGGGCUGGAAACCGUUCUGAGUCAGAUGUUCCCGCACUGGAGGGGGGGUUAAGUGCAUGUGAAUUUCAAACUCUGUAAAGGAGGGAGCUGGGCCCUGCUGCUGGCCCUUCACUGGGCUUGUUUGAGGCCUGGGUUCUCGGCUGGGACCUGACAGAUGAGUUGUUGGCCUUUUCCUCCCGCAGGCAGAAAUUGGUUACCGCUUUAGCCUGUGCGCAGCACGCUGUGUUUCAGGGCCUCUCCUGCUCUGGGCACUGGUCAAGCUGGUCCCGACUGGGGAGCGUUGGGACUCCCUGGCAGAGUGCGCAGUACUCAUGGCUUCGAAACGCAGCGUUUGUACCUGUGGGGUGAGGCGUCCCCCUCCCUGGCCAGCCAUAGAACAGCUUCCGCUGUUGUAUCAAGCUCCUGGCCCCGAUGCGGCAUCACCAGUGCCUGCCACUGCUCCGUGGGCGCAGAGGGAGAUUGGCGUGGCACUGGGCAGUUCCCUGCUGCUAUGGGGAGACCUGGGGGCAGUCAGGAAACUGUCUCAAGGCUUGUUAAUUUCUUGCUGCCAUUGCUUGGGCAGGCUCUGAGCAGCAACUGGCCCUGAAUCUGAGCCAUGGCUGGUCUCUCUCGUAUCCCCUCUGGCUGGCUGGGGAGUGGGACGCUUUCAAGUCCUGGUUUGGGGGUCGGGGGCGUUAAGCUAUUGAUUUAGGACGUUUUACGAGUCCCUGCCAUGUAAACCUCAGAAACCAACCAAUCAUCCUCACAACAGUGAGAGUUUGUUUAAAGAGACCGUGUAAAGGAUUUAGUCACCCGCUCUCGGUGGUGUGGCCAUGUUGGUGAGCUUCGGUGCAAUGCCCGCGCCACGUGGGUUCUAGUGAUUGUAUGACAGCUGAUUGCAAGCCCCGCGCUGUGUGGUUUCCAUGGGGAGGGGUUUCUAGGCCUAGUGUCUCUAGCAGGGCUUGUGCCUAGCAGCUGCUGUGAGUGCGAGGGAGCGCCGUAGUCUGGAAAUCAGGAGAUUAAUUCUGGGGGGAAGAGGCCAAGUGCUGGGGCACCAGAAAUACCUUUACAAGCAAGACUGUCCUGGGAAGGAGGGGGCUGAGUCCCCUCCGCCAGCCGCUGAAAUGGGAGAAAUGGCCCCAGGCUAGCGGGGAGCCAGUUUCAGUUAGACCCCCCCCCUUCCCCUUUACGAUGGGCACUGGGGCACUGCUGGGGGUGCCCAGGGAUGUGCUGAGCAGGGUGUGGGGGCCUUUCCUAGCCCGCCUGCCUGAGCUGGGCUCCUUGCAGCUCUCUGCAUCACCGUAAUGGGCUGCUAGUGGGGGUGAGUCUCUCGCCCACCAGAGUGUGGCCUGCUGCCCCAGCAGUCCCCUGCAGCUCCCUCCCCAGGCCCCACAGCGCUGGGCCCCCUGCGCUGCUGGAGCAAGGAGAGAGGUGUUUUUCAGGAGUCAUGGAAGAGAACAAGCCAUGGGUUGGAAGGUGAGGUGAUGGGCAGAUCCCACGCGAUCUCAAGCUGCAGCAGCCUCCAUGGUGCUGGGACAUGCUCCUCCAUCCUGCUCCGGCUCAUUUCUGUGUUUGGGGGCAGUAUGGCCUAGUGCAGUGAUUCUCAACCCGUGGGCCACGUGCGGCCCAACCAGCUCUCAGCUGCGCCCAUGUGACGCCCUCAGGGCCAUACAGGUAGUGUCUACAUGGUGUGGAUGGGGCCCACAUAACACAGAGAGCUGCAUAUGCGGCCCACAGUGGUAACUAGGUUGGGCACACUGGUCUAGUGGUUGGAGCACGGCUCUGGGUGCCAGGAAGGGCAGAGUUCUAGUCCUGGUCGCUGCUCGGCCCCUGCUCCAUAUCCUGCCAGCGCUCCUAAGCCAGCAGCCAUUCCCUUGCAGGGCUCUCAGACCUAGUGCCCCAGGAGCGUGCAGCCCAGACCCAUCCCGGAUUGCUGUGCCCAGCCGGGUGCAGACUGUCCGCCCCGUGACUCGUGCUGGCGCUGACUCACGGGUGUGGUCGGAGGCUCAGUGUGACGGGGCAGCAUGUGAGGAUCAGUAAAGGAGCCCAGGCUUUGCACUGCGGAAGGAAUGAGCCAGCCAUGCCAAGUGCUCACGCGCACUCCCUGAGGGGCAGGGCGCUGGGGGAGCGGGGCAGACCCCGCUGGGCCCCGAGGGCUGCCUUGCCCUGGCUGGCGGGCGACCUCAUCUGUACCUUCAGGGCCAGAUUGGCGCCCGUGGCCCAGCUGGAAGGGGGUGGUUGUCUCUCCCCGCUGACCCUGCUUUGUGGGUGGAGGAGGGGCCAGAUACCACGGUGAUGGACGCAGUAGCAGCACGCGCAGGAUCUGUCUCCAGUCAGCGUUGGUGCGACGCCCCCUAUGUGUGCGAAUGAGGUGGUCAUCAGGCUGGACCAUGGCUGCUUUCAGCGUAUCUGGCGGGAAACACCGGGACAGCUGCUGGUGGGCGCCCUGGGCGUGGGGAAUCCGUCCCACCCUAAGCUCCCCAGGGCAGGGCUCCCUGUCUGUCUGGAGGGCUGCCUGGCACGGGGCUUCCUGGUGCCCUUCUGUCCACUGGCAGCCAGGCUGCUCGGUUGGUGCGGGUGGCUCACAGCAGCCGGGCUGGGCAGGGUGGGAGCAGCUAGGCCAGGCUGGAGCUCGGGCUGACUGAAGGUUCCCCCUUGCUCUUCUUUUCAGGUAUCUGCUACACGAUAUUUGACCUGGGCUUCCGUUUCGAUGUGGCCUGGUUCUUAACGGAAACCUCCCCCUUCAUGUGGUCCAACCUGGGCAUCGGCCUGGCCAUCUCACUGUCCGUGGUGGGCGCAGCCUGGGGGAUCUACAUCACUGGCUCCAGCAUCAUCGGCGGGGGAGUGAAGGCCCCCAGGAUUAAAACAAAGAACCUGGUCAGCAUCAUCUUCUGUGAGGCCGUGGCCAUCUACGGGAUCAUCAUGGCGAUCGUCAUUAGCAACAUGGCUGAGGUGCCUGCUGCCGGGAGGGGGGGGGGAGGGGCACCCCCCAGGCAGCCCCUGGAGCUCUGCACUGUCUCCCCUGACAUGUCCGUACGGGGGGGGGGGCAUAGCCAAGGCUCAGGGUCUCUUCACUGCUUCCCUCAAAUAUCGCUGGGCAGAGCAGCAAACCCAGCGCAGGCGCCUGGCGGGGGGAUCCCCUUCCGCAUGGGGUGUCCCUGGCUCCCCUGGGCUGCGGUCCUGGCUCUAAGUGGCCUGUACCAGCUGCGGCAGUGCCAGGAGCCCGGGGAGCUGGUGGUAGUGGGCAGAGCCUGGCGUCCCGCUGGGCUGGGGGCUGGGUGCCCACGGGGCUGCCUCUGGCAGCUCCUAAGAGUUUCCCAGCCUGGGCCAGCGCCCGGAGUGCCCCAGCGGGCUCUCACAGGAGGAGGCCAAGCCCCUGUGCAAGCCAGGCCUUGGCCUGGGGCCUGCUGCAUCUCACCGCUCCCUGCCCCAUCCCUUCCAGGUUUCUCCAUGUUUGGGGCUGGUCUGACCGUGGGCCUCUCCAACCUGUUCUGCGGGGUGUGCGUGGGCAUUGUGGGCAGCGGGGCUGCACUGGCCGACGCCCAGAACGCCAGCCUCUUCGUCAAGAUCCUGAUCGUGGAGAUCUUCGGCAGCGCCAUCGGGCUCUUCGGGGUCAUAGUCGCCAUCCUGCAGACAUCUAAAGUAAAAAUGGGGGACUGAGCCCCUGCCCGUUCCGGCCUGGCCCCCUGCGGGCGCGACUGUACAUAUUUAUUUAAUGUUUCUAUUUCCUGAUCGGGGGCGUCGCUUCGCCGCGUCGGGAGCGGGAGCCCAGGUGUAUAGAACCGUCCCUGCUGAUCCGCCGCCCGCUGGCCCCAUGGAAGAAAUAAUCAUCUGUGUGUGAAUUCGGCUCCCUCCUGUCGGCCCAGCCAGCCGGAGGGGGGGCGGGGGGGGGCAGGGUUGCUGCCUGAGUGUUCCCGGUGUGUGUACAAAUCAAUUGACCAGUGUAAGUCAGUGUCACGUGAAAUAAACAUGGUUCCUGUC